AUGGAAAUUUCAAACCUUUCUUUGAGCGAACAAGAGAAUGGGCUUGCAUGCAUUUGGAUCUACUGCAUGGGAGACGACGAAGAAGAUGUGGCCAUGUGGGACGAAGCAUCUAUAUCCUCGCCAUCCUUCACGACAGAAGACGAGGAAUGCAGCUCCCCAGCUCGAAGGUCCGCCUCCAUCUACAACGAACAGCAAGUCGAAACUCAUGUCAAGUCCUCUGUCUCUGCUGCCAUGGAGCGAGCUCGCCAAAGGCACUCCCUUAAUCUGGAACGAAAAGGCAGCCCUCGAAGCAGUCCACGAAGCAGCCCACAAAGCUUGAAGGACCGCAAAAGAGUGAGGCUAUCCAUGGUCACAGCAUUGUCAAAACCGAACUUGGAUCUAUAA